CGCAGGGCGGCUGGCCCCCGCAAGAAGAGAGAGAUACAAGUCAGCUACUUCCCUAGCUGAAUCGAUCAGCUAUAGCAAACAAUUGAUGUCUUCAGAUGAGAUUUAAGAUUUUACUGCGCAUUUAGUUGGUUUGACGCUAAUUCGCCGUCGGUCGUCCCAAAAAAAAAUUACAACCCGACAAAAUGUCAGAGCCUGCGGUGGCCGACACUCGCCGGUUGAAUUCAAAGCCCCAGGACCUGACGGAUGCUUACGGCCCCCCCAGCAAUUUCCUGGAAAUAGACGUUUAUGAUCCACAAAUCGUUGGAGUUGGACGAAACCGUUACACAACUUAUGAAGUUCGCAUGCGGACAAACCUUCCCAUUUUCAAACUGAAGGAUUCCUGUGUGAGAAGAAGAUACAGUGACUUUGAGUGGUUAAAGAAUGAGCUGGAAAGAGACAGUAAGAUUGUAGUACCACCUCUGCCGGGUAAAGCCCUGAAGAGACAGUUGCCAUUCCGCGGAGAUGAAGGCCUUUUUGAGGAGUCCUUCAUUGAGGAGCGACGAUCGGGCCUGGAGCAGUUCAUCAACAGAAUUGCAGGUCACCCCUUGGCCCAGAACGAGCGCUGUCUUCACAUGUUUCUGCAAGAGGAAAGCAUUGACCGUAACUACAUUCCCGGAAAAGUAUGAAUGAAACAAUACAGACUGCUGCACCUGCUCCAUGUACAUUUAUUUCUACAUCAUGGCAUUAUAACGCUGGUGGAAAGUAUCAACGGUGUAGGAAAAACACAACUAUUGCUCCUGGACAAAACUAAGAGAUCCAAUGUAUAAAUUGUUUGAUGUUGUGUCUUUAUUCAGUCAUUCCACACAUGUACAUUAUUUUUGAUUCAGUAAUCCGUGAAAAGAAAAACAUGUUCAUAUACCAUUUUUCAUGUCAUCAUAGCUAGAUUUUUUUUUUUUUUUUUUUUUUUUUACAAUGAUUAUUAUGUUUUCUGAAUGUCUUUUUAAUUGAUUUGAUCAGGUUAAAAAAAUAGGGUAAUUUCCUGCUUUGAUUGGUGUUUUCUUUUGCUAGCAGAGGUGUGAUUUUGAUGUUAACCUCCCAAAGUCAAGCAACAUGUAGCAUCAUGAAAAAGACAGCGACACGUCGUUCCAUUCAGUAUUUAAAACAUUUUUCCCUCCUGAUUUUUAUUUUCACGACAUGCUCUUAGACAGGAUUGUUUCACAAUAACUUGUUUUAACUCUGCUGUCUUAGUUAUGUCAUCAUGCCUACAUUAUGGCUGUGUGUUGUCAAAUCAGCUAUUGGGAAUGUUCAGUUAGGUAAAUAACCAUAUCUAAGCACUGUGACAAGAGGUUCAUUAUAUGAACAAUAUUUCAUUGUUAAAAAGCGUAAUCAGCAUCUGGUUUAUUGAUCUUAAAUAAGGCUUAUCCUACGCUUAUUUUCAGCUGUUUUAUUCUUUCUAUCAAUAUUAUUGUGAAGUGUAUUAAUACAUGUUAUCAUUACAGUUCCACUAUGGGUGAUGAGGAAGUUCCUUGUUAAUUCUGUCCACCAAUUAAAUUUCCUGCUGCCUGCUC